AUGAAAGGGAAGGAUGGCAAGGAUAUAAAACACUUCACUACUGAGAGGCAAAGGAGAGAAAACUUGAAUGACAAGUACAAGGCCUUGAGAAAUUUGCUUCCCAACCCCACCAAGCAUACCAAGAAUGAUAGAGCAUCAAUAGUGGGAGAUGCUAUAGAAUAUAUCAAAGAGCUUCUUAGAACAGCUAAUGAACUUAAGAUUCUGGUGGACAAGUGA